UGCACUACUCCCUUAGCAGGAAACUGGAACUUUCCCCAUUCAUUUGAUUAGUGUUCUUUCCUCACCAGUAUAUAUAGAGUGAGUACUUUCUGCGAUUAAAGCCUACGACUCCUAUUGACAACAACAAACGCUACCCUCCUACAAGAAGAUGAAGAGUAAUAUUUUGAUUGGGCUAACUGUCCUGGUGGUCUUCAUAGCAGUGGCCCAGUCCCUGACCUGUAAGCAGUGCAGUGUGGGAAUAUUUGGGACAUGUUUAUUUCCCGGAAACAUGGUGUGUGACAACUCCACUCUCAACUGCUACACCGGAGAAGCGCAAUUCAAUGCCACAGGGUUUCUGAAACUCCACACCCGUGGCUGUCUGGACUCAAACCUGUGUGGCAAGACCAUCACUGCAAGCAUCCUUGGUGCUGGUGUCACGAGCAGCUUCUCAUGCUGCCAAACAGACCUAUGUAACGGGGCCAGCUCCGUCCAGGUCUCUGUGACUGUAGCCCUCAGCGCCGCCCUGCUUGCCUGGGGUAUUUAGACUGGAUAUCCUAAUAUGCCAUUUCGCAGAUAUCCUAACAUUUAUCAACUGAAUAAUACUUGCAACUAUGAUCUUCAACAACUUGAAGUGCCUUUACACUACUCAACUGAACACACAUACCAAUGCUGUAAUAUUAUUCUGAAUAAUAAAUUAAUUAAAUAAUGUCACAAAACGGAAAUAAAAUGUGGUGUUU